AACUACACCAGCAAUAGAAGAAGACGAAGAAGAAGAGUCGCUAACAACAGCAUCAGAGCCAGUUAGCAGCUGGCUAACGUGAAGCUAAAGGCUAACGGCAUGUCUACAACCUCUAAAGUGGUUCUGGGAGUUUCUGUGGUUCUGACUCUGAGCACCGUGGCUGGUGUUCACCUCAACCAGUCCUGGGACAGACAGCGUCUGCACGAGGGUGUAGUCCGAGAUCUGGAGCGCCUGGAGAGGAAGAAGGAGAACCUGAGGCUGCUGGAGGAGCAGAGGACACUGACCACACAGCUGGAGGCAGAGAGACAGCGCAGACAGACAGGCUGAGA